CAUCCCUCCCCCCCCUACUAGAUUUUAUCAGUAUUAGCUGUUGCAUGAAGUAGAUCGCUGAGGCAGCCACUCUGCCUUUGGUCCUGCUUGAAGUAGCCAGCGAAAACAAUGGCAAAACUCGCCGUCUUCCUCGUGGCAGUAGUUGCCAUCGCACAGACUAGUGCCGAGCUACAGUGCUACACGUGCAUAGGAUACAACUCUUCUUCUCCUUUUAAUGAAAUGUACAACAACCCAUUCUGCGUGUCGGAAAACUUCCAGGCUUCGAAGGUGCCGAAGUUAAAAUCUCAAAGGGGCAUAUGUUACGCCGAGACUGAUAAGGCGGAUAUUGGCGAGAUCACGGUGCGAUACGGAGAAGAAGGACUUCCAUUGCCGCGUAACUACCUUUAUAUGACUGGUUACUUGUGCCAAGGACACCUGUGCAACAGCCGUCCCACGAGUUCAGCAGGGACGUCGUCUCUCCUGCUACCUCUCAUGCUGAUCCCCGCCGUCCUAUCGCGUCUCCUGACUUGAGAGGAAGGGAGGACAAUUCACAGUUGGUUCCAUCAUCUCAUACAUGAUUGUUCAAUUUAAAAACCUAGUUUCAUGAUUUGCAGUUUAUAAUAUGCAGGUAUUUACAGAUGUAAUAUACUUCCGUGAUUUAUUGAAGGAACCAUGAGGUUGCCUAUAGCCAGCCUCAUGGUUCCUCUGAAGCUUUUGAUUUUCUUGGAAAAGUUUUUAGAGAAAUGGCACUUAUAAGGAAA